AUGAUAGAAAGCCAGAGUACGACUCUGUCGUCUACAGAACUCCAGAGUGUGGAAUUCCGGGAAACAAACAUCCAAACGCAUGUUUCCAGUUCAACGUUGGCAAAUGAACCUAUCAAGCUUGAUAUAGAACAUGCAGUAGUUGAGGAUGAUCCUCGAAUGUGGUCCAACGCGAAGAAGAACGUUGUUUUGUUCAUCAUAUCUGGAGCAUCAAUGAUCGCAGGUUUGUGUGCGAAUAUACAAAACCCUGCCAAUGCCCAAAUUGAGCAGCAGCUACACACCAACGGCGAGAACAUCAGCCUGAGUUUGUCUCUUUUCAUUCUCGUUCAAGGCAAUUUUCCUGUCAUGUGGAGCGCAAUCAGCGAGAUCAAGGGCCGCAAGAUGGUGUACCUUUUCUCCAUAGCACUGUUUACACUUGGGUCGGUAAUCGUGGCCAUAUCCAGAACGAUUGGCUUGUUGAUCGGCAUGCGUAUUCUGCAAGGCGCAGGGUCAAGCGCUGUUAUCGCUAUCGGAGCUGCCACUCUUGCCGACAUAUACGAGCCGCAUCAAAGAGGAAAAAUGAUGGGUGUCUUCUAUUCUGCACCUCUUCUCGGUCCCUCGUUGGGGCCAAUUAUCGGUGGUGCACUCACACAGGGCCUCGGCUGGCGGGCGAUUUUCUGGUUCCUAGUCAUCUGGGGCGGCAUAAUAUUUUCGGCGUUCCUUUUCUUGUUCAAGGACACCUUCCGGAAGGAAAGGAGUGUGACGUACCAGAAUGUAUUGAAGAGGAGGCUCCGAGAGCAACAGUCGUCAGAAGCAAAGGACGACUCGCGAAACAUCUCAGAGAAGGAAUUACGAGUGAAUGGCGAAAACCAGACGUCGAAGGACAUUGAAGCACAGCCAGCGGUCAUACCAGCAUUAGCCAUCAGAGAAGUAAAGCUGUCUAUUGCUGAUGUCAACCCUUUUCCUCCAUACCUAUCGAUUCUCAACCGCAAGAACAACUUUGUUAUCCUGAUACCAUCAGGAUUAAUUUUUGCAUUUAGCUUUAGCAUUGCAUAUACAUGCGCAAGAACAUUGUCGAUGUAUUAUAAUUAUGAUGCUCUGAAGACCGGCCUCGUCUUACUUGCCUAUGGUAUUGGCUCUGUAACCGGCAGCAUAUUAGGUGGACGUUGGUCCGAUCGGACACUUGCUCGGCUGAAGGCAGCGAAUGGAGGAGUUAGCUUUCCAGAGAUGCGCCUUGAGAGUACAAAAGUCGCCAUGGUGUGGUUACCUCUUUCUGUGAUUGGAUAUGCCUGGGUGUGCCAAGAACGGGUCAACGUUGCUGCGAUAUGUGUGAUGCUUUUCCUCGCAGGAUUUUUAUCCAUAUGGAUCUACACGAGCACGCUGGCAUACAUUGUCGAUGCAAACACUGGUCGCUCAUCAACGGCAGUAGCGACCAACAGUUCUUUCCGCGGUCUGUCUGCUUUUGUUGCUGCUGAGAUUGCUAUUCCCCUACAAGAUAGUAUUGGCGACGGUGGUCUGUAUACGCUCUGGGCGGGGCUGUUGGUCAUUGCUAAUUGUAUUAUUCUACUGGUGUUGUACAAAGGCAGGAAGUGGAGAGAAGCCAGUGUUGAGCGGGAGAAGCAGAAGCUGGAUGGCAAGUAG